GUCUUUUGCCUCCCUCCUAGUAAUUUUCCAAAAUUUGCUUAAAACCCUUCUUGAUUUCUCAAACUUCCUCCCCCCCGACUAUUUCCACAUUUUCUUCAUCCUUUCUAUCAUCCGGGCGUCCUCGUCUCGUUGUCGCAGCCGUUUGCAUCUCGCCCUUCGUCUCUCUCUCACUCUCUCGACGAAGCAUUACCUAGCCGAUUUUUCAAGAUGUCUGACGAGCAGCAUGAGCACACCUUCGACUCGACCGACGCCGGCGCGUCGACGACCUACCCCAUGCAGUGUUCUGCACUGAGGAAGGGUGGUCACGUCGUCAUCAAGGGCCGUCCUUGCAAGAUCGUCGACAUGUCGACCUCGAAGACCGGCAAGCACGGUCACGCCAAGGUCCACUUGGUCGCCAUCGACAUCUUCACCAACAAGAAGCUGGAAGAUCUCUCCCCGUCCACCCACAACAUGGACGUUCCCAACGUCACCAACGAGACCUUUGAGCUUAUCGACAUUGAGGGUGACGGUUUCCUCCAGCUCAUGGACUCGAACGGAGAGAUGAGGGAGGACAUUAAGCUCCCCGAGGGAUCUGACAAGGCCGAGGAGGUUGCCAAGGAGAUUCGCCGCCUUCACGAACUUAAGCAGCAAGACGAGAACAAGGAAGUCUUUAUCGUCGUCACCAAGGCUAUGGGUGAGGAGGUUCCUACCCAGGCCAAGUAAUUGAGCAGCGCAUCCGCGGAUUCCCUGUCAUGAUAUUUUCGAGUGGCCACGCCGUCCAGCUCAAACUUUGAGUGACUCAACUGGGUUGCUGAGGCUGGUACCAAUGGGAAGGAAAUUUUACUACGACACUGGCGUGUUCUUUGUCAUUCUACGAAGCGACGAUAAAGGAAAAGAAAUCACUGCGACGGGACAUGUUACGCACAAGUUCACAAUUGCGUCCCUUGUGUUAUCCAUUGUGAUCUGUCCGACGCAAACAUGGGUAAUAUAGGUCCUAGUCAGUUUAACAGGCUCAGCCCCUGACUAAAAAAAAUUCUUUGAAGAACUUAAAAGAUAGGUUGGUGGGACUACUAGCCAAUGUAUGCAUUAUUCCGUGGAUUGAUUUGAAUGUAUUGUGUAUAAUGAUCUUGAGAACGUGACUUCUGCAGGGGAGAAAAAAAAAC